GUCCCACAUUCCUCACUGUAGGCACUGCAGGUGCUACAGAACCAGUAUGUAUCCUCCUGUAAAUUGAAGCCCAUGUUCAGGUUGGAAAGUCGCGCUCAGAGCAUGUUGGGCUACCCACACAUCGAACUGAACUACAACUUUCCGGGGCCGCAGAUUGCACACCUGCUACAAAUCUUGCCUGCCUACCUAGAUAUAGACGGGUAAUCUUCAAGUGCCGGCAUGUUCAACAAUGGAGGCACGGUUGAGCAGUCGAGCUGACGUCAACCUUCUUACAGAGUUGCUUAUUUUCUCAACUCUGAACAUCGCUCCAGGCAUUGGCUUGCGUGGAUUUGCUUGAUAUUAUAUUGAGUUGCCCCCAAAUCGACAAAUGUCAGUCAUCACGCUCCGAAGCUGCCACCCCUGCCUUGGCGCUGCAACAUGGCGUGCCAAGGCGGGCAGGUUGAACGGCUCAUUAGCCUCCGCACUUCUACUUCUGUUAGGUCGACAACUUCCACCGCCUACCGAACUUGUCUCGGAAGGGCAACCAAGGGCCAAACAGGGGACGUUGCCCAGUCUUGGGUCUCUAAUUCCCCGGAAGCCCAGCCCGCUCGAAUAAAGUGGUUUUCAUAUCGAGCUAGCCUCUCACUGGCCCGGACCGGUCUCUGUUCGGCCGCUGACCAGGAUGCAACUGACGUCCUUGCAGCCUGCUCGAUAUACAGUCGACGAUCUGUGGACGGGAGCCUUUCUUCUCGAAUCUUUGGGAGUUGAGGGGGUCACACUCUUGGCACGGUAUCCGUUCUGAUAUAAAACCAGGUCUCGAGACUGCUUAACCUUUGGAGCCUCCUGUCGAGUAUUUUUUGUGUGUCGCCUCUCUCAUCUGUGCCGAACAUCAUCUUUGUCAACAGGGCAGAUUCUGGAAUUCCACAUUCACAUCAUGAAGGUCACAGCCAUUAUACUUGCUGCUUCGGCGGCAGUGAACGCCCACUACGUCUUCCCGACCCUGCUGGUCAACGGCCAAACCGCUGGCUCCACCCAGUGGUCCCAGGUCCGCAAGACCGUGAGCUGGCAAGACAAUGGCUUCGUCGGCAGCGUCACUUCGCCCCAGAUCCGAUGCAAUCAGCUCAACAUGAACCAGGGCGGGAGCGCCACCGCAACCGUCGCAGCCGGCUCAAAGGUCGGCUUCAACGUUGCCCCUAGCAUCUACCACCCGGGACCGCUCGCCUUCUACCUCGCCAAGGUGCCUGCCGGUCAGACGGCUGCAAGCUGGGACGGUUCCGGCCAGGAGUGGUUCAAGAUCUACCACGAGCAGCCAAACUUUGGCUCGCAGCUUACGUGGCCUAGCAUGAACCUGAACAAGGCUGAGGUCACGCUGCCGUCGUGCAUCCUCAGCGGAGACUACCUCCUCCGUGUCGAACACAUUGGUCUGCACUCUGGACCAGGCCAGGCUCAGUUCUACAUUGCCUGCGCUCAGAUCACCGUCACCGGCGGCGGCAACACCAACCCGACCAACAAGGUCGCCUUCCCCGGUGCCUACUCGCCCAACGACCCCGGACUGAUGGUCAACAUCAACUGGCCCAUCCCCACGUCCUACCAGAACCCUGGCCCUCCUGUUUUCAAGUGCUAGGUCAAUGUACUUGGUAUACAAACGGUGGUUGCUUGGGUCACGACUCGGGCGGAUAUAUAUGGUUGUGGAUUUUGAGCAUUAUAGGAACUACAUAUUGCGUGAUAUUGCAUCUAUACUACUUACUACUCAUUCACGAGAAAUCUGGGGCCGCGUCAAUUAUAUCAAAGAUGCGACAAUGAAAUACUCUUGUACAUAUGUGUGCUCGCUAUAUUACAUGGGUAUGUAAUUAUAUAACGUGGUUGCUAUCC